ACCAACCGCCUAUAUAUGCAUGCGAAGGGUGGGAGACUGACCACCUUAUCGUUUCCUUUGUCAUCGGCACCAACAACCCAUGGCAACCAAAGUCUGUCUCCUCCUCUGCAUCGCCAUGCUGCUUUCUCUGGUCGUCCAAGGCCAGCACAAGUCGUCUCCAGCCCCGAUUGCACAACCUGGGAAUCCACUCGCCCCGACUCCACAGCCAAUCAAGUUCCCCAUGUAUGGAGCCACUCCAGGAAGCCUCCAGCCUCAAGAGUGCUCGGGGGCUUGCUCCGGGCGGUGCUCGGCGACGGCGUACAAGAAGCCGUGCCUGUUCUUCUGCCAAAAGUGCUGCGCCAAGUGCCUGUGCGUGCCGCCGGGAACCUACGGCAACAAGCAGUUCUGUCCCUGCUACAACAACUGGAAGACCAAGAGAGGCGGCCCCAAAUGCCCCUGAAAUUAAACAAUUUGAAUAUGUAUGCACAUAGCCCUCCGAAUAUCAAUGUGGCCCAUCCAGCCUUUGAAUUUUCAAUUAUUAUGUUUCCUUUCUUCGUGUUCUAUCUGGAAAACUGCUACCCUUGUAAGAUGAGAAAUUAUCAUAGAGCGAUUGGGGAUUUGGGGGAUGUA